CUAUAAAUACUGUGAAGAAGUCAAACAAGCAGCUGCUGUCACAACACAUUCAACUACUCUACUAUUCUGAUCCACUGUUGUAAUGAUGGAGUGUGUUAAAGAGGAGACUGAUCCUGAAUCAUUCACAAUAACACCUCAACAUACUCAACAAAAAAGAGACUUGGUCGAAGUAAAAGAGGAAAGUCAAGAAUGCAAUGAACUGAAGGAUGAACAUCAGGACCACAAUUAUAUGACUGCCAGCUGCUCAGAAACUGAUGAGAAUUCUCAUCAAGAAAGCGUUAAAGCCAAAAAAAUUUUUGAAUGCCAACUUUGUGGUAAGAUUUUCUCAAACAGAGGGCACCUAACGCAACACCUAAAGAUUCACGAUAAAAGGUCCCACGCAUGCUCCCACUGUGAGAAGACUUUCAUCCAUAAAUGUAAACUGGUGUAUCACAUGAGGAGUCACACAGGUGAGAGGCCUUUUGCUUGCCCUCAGUGUGAUAAACGUUUUAUUACUAUAGGAAGACUAAAUGUUCACAUAAAGACUCACAGUACUGAAAGGCCGUACAUCUGCCCUCAAUGUGGAAAGAGUUUCCCAUUUAAAACAAGUCUACAGACCCACAUACGCAUUCACACUGGCGAGAAACCUUUUAAAUGCCCUCAGUGUGAUAAGAGUUUUAAACAAAAGGGACCUUUUAGGUAUCACAUACGAAUUCAUACAGGUGAGAGCCCUUUCUCAUGCGAUGUGUGUGGUAAAAGUUUUAAAAUUAAAGAAUAUCUUAAGUAUCACAUGCAAGUUCAUACAGAUGAAAAGCCUUUCUCAUGCAAUGUGUGUGGUAAAAAUUUAAAAAAGAAGGUAAAUCUUCAGCAUCACAUGCGAGUGCAUACAGGUGAGAGGCCUUUCUCAUGUGAUGUGUGUGGUAAAAGUUAUAAAAAUAAUAAAAACCUUAAGUUUCACAUGCAAGUUCAUACUAGGGAUGUGCAGUUUUGUCAAAUUUUCAGUUCGAGUACUUCAAAGGUCUUAAGAACAAGUUCUUGAUUAAUCAGAGGCGGUGCAAGCAUGAGGGGUGGUGCUUACGCAUCAUGGUGAAAAUGCUAAUAAAUGUUUUAUAAAUACUCUGUAUAUUAAGAGAUAACUCUGGGUAUUCAUGAUCUGUCGUUUCACACUUUGCAUCCCUGUGUCUGGCACUACAUGCGGGUUAACCCUGAUUCUAAAUUACAAGUCUGAAACGCUCCAUAACCUAAAAGCGGGUAAGAUAAUCUGGGGUUAAGCGCAGUGUGAAAACCACUAAAGAGUAUUCAGAUCCAGGCCCAUGAUGUGAAAUGCAGAUAAACCUCGUGACUGAAUUACUCCCCAACCAAUUAACUUCAGUGUAUUAUCUACAGUAGCAUCAUAUUGAGCAUGUUAUUUUAAUGGAGUGAUUUUUUGUAUAGAUUUUUAAUUUUUCUUUUAAAUAAAUCAUGCAACAUUUAUAAU